GAAGUGGCUGUUCCCCAGAAGGACUAUCCCCACUGAUUUGUCAGCGAGGCAUGAAAAUUUUUCUGUUCCUAGCAUUGCCACAAUAAGUAAGCAGGGAGGUGACGUGAAGUGACUCACUGUUGGUAUAAAAGGUCGGGGAUUGCCGUUGUCUCCGUCAACGAACAUACACUAACAGUUUAGCCAAAAUGCCUAGAAGACCAGCUAGAUGUUACAGAUACUGUAAGAACAAGCCUUACCCAAAGUCCAGAUACAACAGAGCUGUCCCAGACGCUAAGAUCAGAAUCUACGAUUUGGGUAGAAAGAAGGCCCCUGUCGAUGAAUUCCCAUUGUGUGUCCACUUGGUCUCCAACGAAUUGGAACAAUUAUCUUCCGAAGCUUUGGAAGCUGCUCGUAUCUGUGCCAACAAGUAUAUCACCAAGGUCUCCGGUAGAGAAUCUUUCCACUUGAGAGUCAGAGUCCACCCAUUCCACGUCUUGAGAAUCAACAAGAUGUUGUCAUGUGCCGGUGCUGAUAGAUUGCAACAAGGUAUGAGAGGUGCUUGGGGUAAGCCUCACGGUUUAGCCGCCAGAGUCAACAUUGGUCAAGUCAUCAUGUCUGCCAGAACCAAGGACUCUAACAAGGACGUCGUCAUCGAAGGUUUGAGAAGAGCCAGAUACAAGUUCCCAGGUCAACAAAAGAUCAUUAUCUCCAAGAAGUGGGGUUUCACUCCAUUGAACAGAGACGAAUACGUUGCCAAGAAGAACAACGGUGAAGUCAAGGAUGACGGUGCUUACGUCAAGUUCUUGUCCAGAAAGGGUAACUUGGAAGCUAACUUGAAGCAAUUCCCAGACUUCCAAUACACCGCUUAAGUGUACUUGAGUGUCUAAUGUAUAGUCUAGUUUCUAACAAAA